AUGGCAAUUGAAUACAAAACUGAAAAAGAUUUCGAUAUCGUUUUCAACGGAGAAGGUUUGUUAGAAUCAUCAACUCAUCAUGAAUACGAGGGGCUACAAACGAACAUUUUCAAGAUUAUUGUGAUAGGAGACUCCAACGUCGGAAAAACAUGUUUGACAUAUAGGUUUUGCGGCGGCAGAUUUCUCAAAAACCCAGAAGCAACAAUCGGGGUUGAUUUCAGGGAGAAAACACUAGAACUCGAUGGAGAAAGUAUCAAGGUAAGAUGGUCAUCAUCAUGGUCAUGAAUAAGUUAUGUGUUACAUUGUACGAUAUAACUGAUCCCUGCGGUAUAGCCUGGUGAUAGGUAACAUUGUAGCUAAUGCGCCACACCGAAUAACGGGACAUCAAAUGCGGGGCACACAUCAUUUGUAGGCUUGUAGCCUACCGUAGGUGCAUCUGUCCCAUUUUUGUAUUUAUUCUGUGUUAAAAUGCCCUUAAUAGGCUACCGCUACAACAUAUCGUAUUUAAUAUUAAAAACCUAUUGGUAUCUUGCUCAAGCUUGGUUGCAGACAUAUUACUGUACUGGUCAACCGGCCCCUCCCUAUUCCGCAAACUGUCUCAGAGCAUUUCCAAUCAGGCUGUAAUACACAAUUAAUUGGUAUAUACAGCCUGACACAUUUGUGUGCAAAAUCGUGUAAAUGUUCCUUACCAGCCAGAAUGUUGAAUACAAUUACAUUUAAACUUACUCUACUGGUUGUCUGUGAGGUUUGUACUUCUGCCAGUAGGUCAAAUUAGUUUUAUAUUGGAUAUUCGGUUCUCUCAUCAAUAGCUAUUGAACCUAGCAUUUCAUGACAAUGGAAAAUAUUCUGAAUCAGGGGAGGAUGGAGAACACUUUGUUUUAUUAUAGAUUUUUUGGAAGAUUUAAAUAUCCGAAUAUCCAAUAAAACUAAUUUUUCCUUAUGCCUAACCAAACCAUAGAAUGUGCCUUGUGCCUUCAGAAUGUAUUCAUACCCCUUGACUUAUUCCACAUUUUAUUUUUUUUACAAUGUGAAUUCAAAAUGUAUUAUUUCUCACCCUACACACAAUACCCCAUAAUGACAAAGUGAAAACACGUUUUUAGAAAUGUUUGCACAUUUAUUGAAAACGAAAUACAUAUUCACAUCCCUGAGUCGAUACUUUGUAGAAGCAUCUUUGGCAUAUCGGCUUUGCACAUCUGGAUUUUGGGAUUUUCUCCCAUUUAUUCCUUGCAGAUUUUCUCAACUCCUGUUAAAUUCAAUGGGAUUGAAGUGUGGGCUUUGGCUGGGCCACUCAAGGACUUUCACAUUCUUGUUCUGAAGCCAUUCCAGUGUUGAUGUGCCUGUAUACUUGGGGUUAUUGUCCUGUUGGAACGUAAAUCUUCGCCCCAGUCUAAGGUUGUUUGCACUCUGAAGCAGGAUCUCAUCAAGGAUUUGCCUGUAUUUGGCUCCAUUCAUUGUUCCCUCCAUCCUUAUCAGUCUCCCAGUCCCUACAGCUGAAAAGCAUCCCAUGGCAUGAUGCUGCCACCACCGUGCUUCACGGUAGGGAUGGUGUUAGAUGGGUGAUGAGCUGUGCCUUGUUUUUUUCCAGACAUAGCUCUUUGCACUCAGGCCAUAGAGUUCAAGUUUUGUCUCAUCAGACCACAGAAUAUUUUGACUUAUGCUCUGUCUUUCACAGGCCUUUUUGCAAACUCCAGGUGUGCCGUCAUGUGCCUUUCUCAGGAGUGGCUUCAGUCUGGCCACUCUCCCUUAAAGCCCAGAUUGUUGAAGCGCUGUAGAGACUGUUGUCCUUCUGAUAGGUUCUCCCAUCUCAGCCGAGGAACUCUGUAGUUCUGUGGUCAUUGGUCACAUCCCUGACUAAGGUCCUUCUUGCCCGGUUGCUCAGUUUGGUCGGACGGCCAGCUCUAGGCAAAGUCUGGGUAGUUCCAUAGUUUGAGAUCACUGUGCUCUUGGAAAACCUUCAACACUCUAGAAAUAGUUUUAUACCUUUCCCAGAUAUAUGCCUCAUCACAAUUCUACCUCGGAGAUCUACGGAUAGUUCCUUGGACGUCAUGGUAUAGUUUCUGCUCUGACAUGCACUGUUAACUGUGGGACCUUAUAUAGACAGGUGUUUCUUUUUAAAUAUUGUCCAAACAAUUGAAUUGGACACAGGUGGACUCCAAUCAAGUUUUUGUGACGUCUCAAGGAUGAUCAAAGGGAAUUGGAUGCACCUGAGCUCAAUUUAGAGUGUCAUAGCAAAGGCGUCUGAAUUUGAUAUUUCUGUUUGCAAACAUUUCUAAAAAACGUUUUCACUUUGUCAUUAUAGGGUAUUGUGUGUAGAUUGGUGAGGAAAAACAAAUAAAUUUUAAUACAUUUUGAAUUUAGGCUGUAACACAACAAAAUGUGGAAUAACUUAAGGGGUAUGAAUACUUUCUGAAAGCACCAGCUCUCUAAAAAGUCAUGUAAACAAUACUUUCCUUUUGAAUAUUUUGCCUGAAAUUUCAAGGAGCAGAAGCACAAACUGCACAGACAAAUGGUAGAGUAAGUUUAAAUGUAAUUUUGUUCAACAUUCUGGCUCGUAAGGAACAUGAACACAAUUUUCUGCACAAAUGUCUCAGGCUGUAUAUACCAAUUCAUUGUGAAUUACAGCCUGAUUAAUCAGACUCACCUCUGCUACCCCUCUGAAUAUUAGGGGGGGGGGGGGGUGUAUUUAUCUCUGUAAUAAAGCUCUUUUGUGGGGGGAAAAACCCAUUCUGAUUGGAUGGCUGGCUGCCAAGUGGGUGGGCCUAUGCAUCCCAGGCCCACCCCAUGGCUGCACCCCUGCCCAGUCAUGUGAAAUCCAAUAAAUAGCUUAGUGCCUAUUGAAUUAAUUGAAAUUGACUGAUUUCCUUAUAGGAACUGUAACUCAGUAACAUUUUUAUUGUUGCAUUUAUAUUUUUGUUCAGUAUAGAAUAUUUCUGGACUCUUUUAUUACAGCUCAUGAAGCAUGGGACCGGCACUUUACAUUAUAUACUUUUGUAUUCAGUUGCAGAUCUGGGACACAGCGGGGCAGGAGCGUUUCCGUAAGAGCAUGGUGGAGCACUACUACCGCAAUGUUCAUGCCGUCAUCUUCAUCUACGACGUGACCAGCCUCGCCUCCUUUGAGAGCCUGCCAGAGUGGAUCGAGGAGUGUGGACGUCACUCUGUCUGCCCAAUGGUACCUUGCAUCUUGGUGGGCAACAAGUGUGACCUGAGGGGCAGGCUGGAGGUGCCGACAGCGUUAGCCCAGCGCUUGGCUGAUGGUUACAACUUCCCCCUAUUUGAGACAUCGGCGAAGGACCCUGCCGAGAAGGAGCAUGUCGAUGCGAUUUUCCUGACGUUGGCUUACAGGUUGAAGAGCCAUAAGCCUCUGAGACUGAAGCAGCCCAGUGAGAUUAGCAGUGUGAGACAGCUGGGGGGGCAGAGGGAACAGGAGGGGAUGCCUUGUCUGUGCUGA